UAUUCACCUUCCUCCCCCUUCUUUUACGGUCUCUAUCUAUCUAUAUGUCUAUCUACUUCUCUGUCUGUUUGUCUGUCUCUCUCUAUCUCUAACUAUUACUCUGUCUCUAUCUGCCUAUCUACCGUCUCCUCCUCCUCCUCCUCCUGCUUCUUCAUCGCCGCCGCCGUCGUCUCCGCCGCCGCCAGGUUUAUCUUAAGAUCUCCAGAGAAGACGUACAAAGCACUUUAGAGAUGGAAGACGGACACACAGCAGCCGUCUGUGGAGAUGUGUGAGAGUGUGUGAGUGAGUGUGUGUGUGUCUGCUGUCUGUGAGAGUGUGUGUGUGGAGAUGACAUGGAGACUUGCUGAGAAUUGCUCCUGAAUAAGCUGGCCGACCUCGGAGUGCUGUGUGAGUAGUGUGGUGGGGUGGCCUUGUCAGUGAAAGGUGCCAAGUUGGAGGCGGGGAACCACCAGGGACACUUCUGUUUUAGAGACGUGUGGACAAAGACAUUCUCAAGAUGGACUCCAUAUCUGUUGUUUGAGUGACACCGAAGUAAUUAUAUUUGAUAAAAUAUGGUCACUAUGCUCCGAUCAACUGCUCUACAACCUCCGUGUUUAUUAUUAUCAAGCACCAUCAUUGACUUUACGUAGUCUCUAUUCUCCGUUACAUUUAUUCAUAUAUUUUUUUUUAGUAAUUAUUUAAUUUCUGAAUUUAGCAAUUUGAUUUGAAGAUAUUUACUGGUGGAAGACAACAAUAAAAUAUUGCCAGCCUCAUGAUUGUGAUGUGCGAAGAAAAACCCAUCAAAUUUAUUAAUUACUCUUACAUGAUUGAUGGAUUAAUUAAUGUGGGAUCAGCGAAAUCUUCCAGUUGUAAAAUCAGGCUGCAAAAGGAGCAAUGAAAGUCUCUGUCUAAAGAAUAUUGAAUAAAAAAAGUGCUAAGAGACUUUCACCAAACACACACACACACACACUGUCUUUGGAAGAAAAUAGUGAACCAUCUCUGUUAAAACAUCAGUUUUCAAAAAAAAAAAAAACUCAGAUAGGUUACAUCUUCAAUUCAGACAUACAGCAUACAUCUAUAUGUAUAUAUAUAUUAAGUGACACAAUAUAUAUUACAUGUAUAUGAACAUAAAUAUAUAUUAAAAUACAUAAAGCACACACACAUACACACAUAUAUCUAUACAUAUACACACAUACAUUGAAUAACUUAACUUGUAUAUGUAUAUGCGCACACAUACACACAUACACACUUGUGAUUAAUCUUGAACCAAACCCCAUUUUAUCAGUGUCCGACCAUGACAGUCACUGUGAUCUCUGUUGCUAUAACAGGAGGUGUGAUAUCUCACAUGUAAUAUUUUCCUGAUUAAUCUCUACAUCCACUGGAUCUAUACAAUCAUUUAAUUUAUUACACACAGUUUAUCCCCUACAAACCAAUUAAUCUUUUACAUAUUGAGCCGAUAUUGACCACAAAACCACAGUGCAAAAUUUCUUGUAUGGUUUAAUUAAAACCAGGUUAAAGUUUAAAAAUGGAUGGUUACAUGAGUGAGAAAACCAUCCAUUGCAAUGUUCCCAGCCAACAGUUCCAACCUCAUUACGCUCUGCCAACACAUGGCAGGAUGUCACAUGCAGCUGAAAAGCAAUUCUCUAUGGACAUGUGCAGCAAACAGUUUGCUCAGAGCUGUUAUUUCCAAGCUGCUGUCUCCCACGACAGACCAAUGAUUGUACCCUGCAGCAACAUCUAUGCUAAGCAAUACGCAUCUCAGAACUGUUACCUGCAAGCAGCUGCAGCUUCUCUGUCUUUGAACGACCAGCGUUGUCAACAAAGUCCUGUUCACAUGACCACAUCGCAUCCCCCUCAAAGUCCCCUGCAAGGGUCAGUUCUGAGGCAGGCCCAUGACCAGCACAUUUCAAAUCAGAGUCAUCACGGUCAGGUGAUGGAACCACUCUCCAUUGAAAAACCGUCUCUGCUGUCGCCCAGAAGCAGUUCUACCGAAUCAGCUUGUCAGCAGCAGCAGCAGCAGCAGCAGCAACAACAGCAGCAACAACAGCAACAACAACAACAACAACGGCAACAACAACAACAGCAACAGCAACAACAGCAACAACAAACACAACCUCAACAACAACAACAACAACAACCAGAAGCUGCCAAACCGUUUGUAAGCCACCCCCCCUCCCCGAAGACACUGCUUCCUCCCAACCACCUUCACCACCACCACCACCACCAUCACCAUCCCCACGGUAGUCAUAGUAUUAGCUAUCAUCAUCAUCAUCACAUUCAUAAUAGCACCAACAAUAAUAAUAGUUGCUGUGGUGGUGGUGGUGGUGGUGGUGGUGGUGGUGGUGGUGGUAGUAGCUGCAGAGCAAACAAUGCUACACCAAACUGUAUCACUCCUACUCCUACUCCUACACCUCCUGCCUGCAGCAGCACCCCCACCACCAACAGCAGCAACAGCAACAAUAUUAGUAAUAACAACAACAGCAGCAGCAGCAGUAAUAACAGCAGCAAAAUCAGCAACAACAACAACAACAACAAUAGUAGCAACAACAACAAUAACAGCAACAAUGACAUCAGCAAAAACAUCAACAACAACAACAACAACAACAACAGUGAGGAAAAGAAUGUAAAAUGUGUGAAGCCUUUCCAUUGUACAGAUUGUCCGAAGCAGUUUGCUCAGAGACAUACUCUUCAGAUUCACAAGAGAUCGCACACAGGAGAAAAACCAUUCCACUGUGACACUUGUUCCAAGCAGUUUGCUCGACGUGACAACUUGAAAAUUCACCAACGUAUUCACUCAGGUGAGAAACCAUUCACCUGCGAGUUUUGUCAAAAAAAGUUUGCCAGAAAUGACAAACUCCAAAUCCACAGGCGUUCACAUACCGGCGAGAAACCAUUUCCUUGUGAUUUCUGCUGUAAACAGUUUGCGCAGAGAGACAAGCUACGAAUGCAUCGCAGAACUCAUACUGGAGAGAAGCCAUAUUCUUGUGAUAUAUGUUCCAAAUGUUUUGCCCAACGAAAUACUCUUCAAACCCAUAAACUCACUCAUUCCGGAGAGAAACCUUUCCAGUGUCAACUUUGUCCGAAACAAUUUGCUCGUAAAGACCACUUGCAAAUUCAUACACGAACCCAUACGGGAGAGAAACCGUUUCAAUGCAGCGUUUGUCCAAAGAAGUUUGCACGGAGAGAUAAACUGCAGAUGCACCAAAGAACUCAUUCUGGGGAAAAACCGUUUUGUUGUUCCCUUUGUCCUCGGCAAUUUUCCCGCAAGGAUAAGCUACAGAUCCACCACAGGGUACAUUCUGGUGAGAAACCAUACGAGUGUGGAGUUUGCAUGCGCCGAUUUGCCCAGCGGGACCGCCUCCAGCUACACCAACGAACCCACACAGGGCUAAAACCAUACCCGUGUGAUCUGUGUAUCCAGAGGUUUGCCCGCCGGGACACGUUACAAAUCCACCGAAGGACUCACACUGGAGAAAAACCUUUCCAUUGUGAAGUGUGUGGUAAAGCUUUCUCCCAGACGGGCAAACUACAACGACACAGACGAACACAUAAGCAACUAAGAAAAAGCAGUGCGAGUGGAGCUGUUGGUUCUACUUUAGGGGCUGGUUUAGGGGCUGGGACUACAACUGCUGCUAAUUCAUGUAAAAAUGUUAAAGAGUACACCCCAUUAAAUACAAUUUUAUGGCAGACUAUAUAUUACGAUUCAAUCAUGCCGAAUGUUAGACACUAUUCUCACUUAAGAGGAAAAACAAUUGCCCAGGAUCGUAAUUACUGUUGUAUGAAAGAGGGGGAUAUCAAAAGAAAAGUGCAAGAAAAUAAAACCAUUCUUUUCCCUGCCCCUGAAAAAACUUGUUUCUUUUCUCCCCAGAACUUAAUAUUGGCAGUUUGUGAUGAAGAACUGGAAUCAAGUGGUGUUUCUUUUCAUUCUGUGUUAAUUAGUGAAAAGUCUUAUUGCUUAAAUAAUCUGCAUGACCCAGAACUACCAAUGGCAGCAGGGGUCAGAGCAUCUGUGAAACUGCCACAUACAGGAGAACUGGUGUUUCCUUCUGAUGCUGAUUCGAAGCAGUUACAAUAUUAUCUUUCCUCUAUUGCAAAAACAAGCAACACUACAAUGAUUGGGGCGAGUAACAGCAAUAAAUUCCAGACAAUUGAUACCAAUGAUAUCCUAACGGGCCAGAAGAAAGACUCCCCUGUAAUGUUAACACAGGGGAAUGAUGAGAACCAUUCUUCAAAAGUUGCCACACAUCUUGGAGAAAGGUAUUUUUGUGAUUUUUGUGGCAAACACUUUGUUCAGAAAUAUAUUUUAGAAAUGCAUCGACGCACUCACACAGGCGAGAGGCCCUACCAUUGCGACAUGUGUUCAAAGCAGUUUGCUCGUAGAGACACUUUACAGAUUCAUAAGCGGUCUCAUUUAGGUCUGAAGCCCUUCCAGUGUGAAAUCUGCCAAGAAGCAUUUGCUCAGAGACACUACCUGAUUAUACACCGGAGGAAACACACUGGCGAAAGACCUUUUGAAUGUGAUUUUUGCUUGCAAAGAUUUGCUCGCAGGGACACAUUACAAAUUCACCAACUGAGACACAGUGGAGAGAAACCGUUUGAAUGUGAAGUUUGCUUCAAGAAAUUUGCACAGAAAUAUUACUUACGUAUCCAUCGAAGACUUCAUAACAAAACCGAAUCUGAUGGUCAAUUGUACAAAUGUAGUUUAUGUUCAAGUAGUUUUGCUAACAAAGCUCAUCUACAGCUCCAUCAGCGAACACACUUAGUGCCAUAUCUCUACAAAUGCGAUAUUUGCCCCAAAAGUUUUACACAGAAACAAUAUCUUCAGUCCCAUAAAAGGGUCCAUAUGGCUGUUGCAAGACUUUACCAAUGUGAUAUUUGCCAGGAGCCUUUUACAAACAAAGAUUACCUACGAAUACACAAGCGUUCUCACAGCGGUGAAAAACCCUAUCAGUGUGACAUUUGUAUCCAGAAGUUUGCACGUAAAGAUACUUUGGUAAUCCAUCGCCGGACACACACAGGGGAGAAACCUUUCCACUGUGAUGUCUGUGGUAAAGACUUUGCUAAACGAGAUAAACUUCAAGUACAUCGUGGGACACAUGUACGGCAAAAAAAGUAUAAUUGUGACCUUUGCGAUAAAAUGUUCACACGCCGUGAUACUCUUGAGAUUCAUAAGCGUGUUCAUACGGGAGAGAAGCCAUUCCAGUGUCAGAUUUGUUUAAAGCAGUUUUCACAAAAAGACAAGCUUCAAAUUCAUACUCGAAUUCAUACAGGUGUUAAACCAUUUCAUUGCGAUGCAUGCCCCAAAUCUUUUUUUCAAAGAAACGCUCUUGAGAAACACAAAAGAACCCAUACAGGUGAAAAACCAUACCAGUGUGCCAUGUGCCUGAAGCAGUUUGCCCAUAGAGAUUAUUUAAAAAUACAUCAGAGAAUGCACACAGGAGAGAAGAGAUUUCACUGCGAAAUUUGCUUGAAAAAAUUUGCUCGCAAAGAUACUUUGCAGGUUCAUCAGAGAACACACACAGGGGAAAAACCAUUUAAAUGUGAAAUCUGUUACAAAACAUUUGCACAGCGAAAUAAACUUCAAAUUCACAGUCGCACUCAUUCCGGAGAGAAACCGUACGCAUGUGAGGUUUGCUUGCAGAGAUUUUCCCGACAGGAUUCCCUUCGACGUCACUCCAAAACACACAAAGAGAAUCAGAACAAUAACACUGCUAUCUCCUUGUCAAUGAAACAUAUUGAUCACCUUCCGGCAGUCACCAAGUAUUUAUGUCUGUAAGAAACCAAAAUGGUCAAGUAUCUAGGCAACAGAAAACUAAUGUUACAUGUAGAUUGAUUGUGUGUAAUCUACUGGGAUUGUAAUUGGAUUAACAUUGCUAGAUUUAACAGCAUUUAGGGCAGUAAUCUUCACCAGAGUUUUCUUUUCCAUUGUAUUUCAUACCGAAUGACAAUCAGAUCUAAUUGCUUUCUAGAACUGAUUAAGCUGUAAAAUCAUUAUUUUUGAAAUACUUUCCACCUCAUCCAACCAUUAUAGUAUAUGUAGUCCAUGUAAUUAACCAUUUGUAGCUUCCUUAAUGUCUUUAUUUUCUUCAUCUUUUAACCCUUUUCAUACCAACCUGAAAUUGCCCUUUCUAUGAUACAAACCCACUCCGAGACCUGUUUUAAUUUUGUGGUAAACAUUUUAUGUUCCAAACACCAGUUUAAUAAUGAUGAAGUUAACCAUUUUAUCAAAGCCCGCCAUCUUGAAUAUUUUCCAGAUGAAUUGAAACAUCCAGGAGGUGUACUUCAUUAAAAAUAUGGCUAUGAAAGGGUUAGGGUUAUAAGGGUAAAAGAACCUACCUUUGUCCUGAAUACCAAGUUUAAUUUAAUAAUGACUAUUUCCUUGAUCAGUCAGUUUGCUGUAGAAUUGUUUUCUUGUUAUACAUCUGUCAUUUGUAGUCAUUACACAAUCCAUUUCCUUCCUGAAAGUUUGGUCAUGGUUUACUCGUAGUGUACAUGUAGAUAUCUUCGCUCGUAGAAUCUGCUUCAUCCAAAUGGAGGGCUGAUCACCUAUUACUGAGACAAGCAGAUUGCUGUAGCCAUCACAAGAUGAUGAUAAUAACAAUAAUAAUAAUAAUAAUAAUGCAAACAACUCAAAUACAAAAUGGGAGUGUUGGCUACUUUCAGUAUUUAGCUUAAAUGGGUUAAGUAGAAUGAAGUGCCUUGUUUAAGGGUACAUUGGAAUGUCAUUAGCAAGUUCUCAACUGAUAACAUCUGUAUCUGCUGAACAUAAAAAAACCUUCAUCUGCAGUAUGUGUAUAUAUAUAUAUAUAUAUAUAUAUAUAUAUAUAUAUAUAUUUACGAGGUCUGAUCAGGACUGUUGCCAUAGUAACAAAGCUAAAGCACACAGAGAGAAGCCACUUGCCACAGAUUGACCUCGAACUCUACUGUUCAUGCACACUAAGUUUUAAUCUUCUAGCUCACUUCCACUGUUUACAGCAAUGCUUGGAAAGAAAGUGUGUAGCAUGUGAUCGUUGCAUUGACCAUGACAGGGAAAGUUGGCAUGGCGAUAUCUGCCUAGAGGCCUACACAAAGCUGCAAAAAGUGUAUGAGUGGUUCAGACAUUUCCAAGAUGGCCAAAUAAAUGAUGAUAUUUACGAACAAUUUGGGAGAUCGGCAACCAGCAGAACUGAGAAAAACAUCGCAGAUGUGCGUGCAGCUGUGAGGGGAAAUCAUCAAAUCACCUUCCGUGAGUUAUCAGAAGAUUAGUUCCGGUUCAGUGCAGUCCAUUAUCACUGAAGAUUUGGGUAUGAGUCAUGUGUCUGCUAAGUUUGUGCCAAAACUGCUUUCAGUUGACCAAAAAGAUGGGUUUCGGUGUCUCCUUGAUUGUGUCGAGAACAAUGAAAACUUUGCAUAGGCCUCUGAACAGGUAUUGCCAAGAUUUUGGCGAAAUUUGAUGCAGAUUCUCUGCUCAACUUUCUCUGUCAUGGUCAAUGUGAUGAUCACACGCUACACACCUUCCUUUCAAGCACUGCUGUAAACAGCAGAAGUGAGCUAGAGUGUUAAAACUUAGUGCACAUGCACAGUAGAGUUCAAGGUCAAUCUGUGCCUAGCAGCUUCGCUCUGUGUGCUCAAGCUUCGUUACUAUAGCAACAGUCUGGAUACUCAUUGAUCAGACCAUGUAUAUAUACGAAAUACUGAAUGAGAAAAAAUUCUUUAGCAAUUCCGAGAAACUCUGUAAUAUGGAAUAAUUACUUAGGUCUCAGCAUCAGUCCUGACAGUUGUUAGAUCUUCGUAUUUGUCUAUUUUGAUCCGAUAAUAAGAACUAAAGAAUUUUAUGUGUUUCCAACUUGGUAGUGUAGAGUCUCUUCAUUUUUGGGUGUUUUCAAAAGCUUUUAAAACUGCGUUCAUCAGUUUAUUUCUAUGGUUUCACUCGUCAACAAUUUAUGUAGCAAAAACACUUCUUCAUUGUCAAUUUCUGUUUGCAAAUUUAUAUAAAAGUGGGGACAUGAGUCAAUAGGGGAACAUGUUUACUUUGUAAGGGAGGCAGGGGGCUCAGAUCCUGGAUGUCUUUGAGUUGUGUCUGUAUGUAUGUUUUUGUGUGUAACUAUAUAUAUAUAUACAUACACACACACUCACAUGUAUGUAUAUUAUAUACCAUAUUUUAAAGUGUAUAAGGAACCCCCUAAUUUUAAGGGGUUUAAAAUUUGGAAAAAAGGUUUUGUAAGGGAUUAUGAUACUAUCCAUGUAUAAGAAAUUCCCAUAUUUUUUUUGGACAAAAAAGGGUUCAUUAUACACCUUAAAGUAUGGUACAUACAUAUGUAUAUGUGUGCAUGUGUAUAUAUAAUUAUACACAUAUUCUUGUGACAUACAGUAUAUCUUGAGUAAUUUUGAAAGUUAGUCAGGGCUAUUUCUCUCCAGGUCUGAAGAAACUUAUUUCUUGUAGAGAAAGAAAGGAAGAGGAGAAGAAUCGAUCCUCAUACUAACUGGUAUUAUAUUUAUUGACCCUGAAAGGGUGAAAGCACAGUUGACCGUGGCAAGAUUUGAACCCAGUGUACAAACGCCCAGAUUGAAUAUCACAAAGCAUUCUAGCUGUGUGAUUACUGUCUCCUUGCCUUGUAUAUAUGUGCGUGUGUGUUUGUGUGUGUGUAUGAAUAUAUUUAUGCAUGUAUAUAUAUUUGUGUAUGUUUACAAACCAGAAAAAGAUUAUUCAGUAUAUAUAUAUAGACAUACACACAAAUGUAAGAAUUAUUGUGUAACUGAAGACUGGGUUUUUGAAUUACCCCUCCAGCCCAUCUUCUAAUUGUAGUGAGCUGUUGUAGGGUUCAAAUCCAGGUUGCUGGAACACAAAAGAAGACAUUACAUGUGUCUUGUGUCACCAUACUUCAUGUUAAUUAUUACAACAUGAUUUGAAGAAGUUUGCUUCCCAGUUACAUGGUUCUGGGUUCAGUCCCACUGCAUGGCACCUUGGGCAAGUGUCAUCUACUGUUUCAACUAUAGCCUCAGGCCAACCAAAGACUUGUGAGUGGAUUUGGGAGAUGGAAACUAAAAGAAACCUGUCGUGUGUCUGUUUGUCCUCCACUGCUUGACAACUGGUGUUGGUGUGUUUAUGCCUCUGUAACUUAGCAGUUCAGCAAAAGAAACUAAUAGAAUAAGUACAAGGUUUUACAAAACAAUAAUAAGUACUGGGGUCAAUUCAUUCGACUAAAAUUCUUCAAGCUGGUGCCCCAGCCUGGCCACAGACUGAAACAAAGGAUAAAAGAUAAGAAUUGGUGGCACUAUGGCCAAAAUGUCAUGUGGUAUUUAGUUAUUUUAAGUUCUGAGUUCAAAUCCUGUUGGAAUCCACUUUGUUGUUCACCUUUCUGGGGCUUAUAAACUAAAAUAUCUACCAAGGUUUUAGAGUUAAUCUCGUUACACACUUCUACUUUAAUGUCUGUCAGAAAUUAAUUAUUUAUAAGAAAUGGUUUGAAAUUCCACUAUUUCUGUCCAUUUCCAUCUGUAGAAUCUGACGAGAUCGUUCAUUUAAUUGCAUUCUUCCACCUUUCCUCUGCAGUGCUCCAGCUUGGUAAUUAUUAGUGUUGUUUUAAUGAAUCAGAGAACAUAGUGUACCUGGUUAAUUAAAUCAUAAAUAUUGUUGAAAAAAAUCCAGGCUCCCCCCUCCCAACAGUAACAGUCUCUCCACCCCCUCCAAAAUAAAUGUGCGAACCAAUCUUAGUUGUUGAAUGUUGUGCUGUACAUCUCUGUUCAAUCAGACUUUUGUUAAUCCUUGUAUUCAAUGUUGUCAUGGUGAUGUAAAUAAAUAGCUUUCAAAAUGCACCAGUUUAAUCAACUGACUCACUAGAAAA